AUGCGAAUGCCUCCUUCCGCUCCUCCACGAGACCUGUUCUAUCCCGAAAGUUUUCCAAGACAUGCAGCUACCGCUCGCCCUGAACAUGGGAAACCCGCCCUUUCGCUACCUUUCCCACCCAUGAAGUCUUCACCCUCGCUGGAGAGGCCGACCAUUCGCUCGCUUCAUCAAGGAGGAUCUCGAUAUCCUUCACCACGAUCGCUCACCAUGGACUGUGGCCGUACCUCUCGAAUGCGGCCACUGCCUUCCCGCUCGUUCGCCGCCCUUCUCGUCCUCCUCGUCUGCCUGUUGAUACGGCCCGUAUCCGCCGUACUGAUCCCUUUCGACAACUGCCUCCCCGACAGCUACAGAAAUUUUAACCCGCUGCCUCUGCAAUGGAACCCCGUUUACAUCGACGCUCGUUUCGAUACCGAAAACCCGGACCACUCUCUUCAGAUCAUUGUAUGGGGCAACGUGGCGGGCUCGUAUCGUGACGUGACUUUGCCGCCUCCGAAUGAUCCGCUCUGGGUCGACCCUAACUAUACCGAUGGCAAAAUCCUUGACUUCACCAGACAAGGCAACAAAGUCACCACUCUCGCGAGCAAGGUCAAUGUCUUGACUUACGAACCUUUCAGCAAUGUAUCCAGCUUCUGUGACUACAGCCUUGUCAAUGGCUCCUGUCCCCUCAGCCCAGUCUUCAAUAACACGACCAUCGCGAUUCCGUAUGGCAACUUGCCUUCAGUAAACCUGACAGCCAAUAUGGGCUCGUCCUAUGCCUUCGCCUCGCUUGCUGCGACACUUCAGAUCAUCUAUGGAGACGAGUUAGCCACGCAUAUUGGCUGUGCUUCUGCCACCGUAACCCCGGAUCUGGGCGGUAUCCACGGCCUUCUGCGUUACUUGCCACUCGUUGUGCUCCUCUUUGUCGGAUUUGCAACCAUGUUCGCCUCUGUCUUUAGCCCGUGGGGCUCGACAGACAUCUUCCACUGGACGGCCAACUAUGGACGUGAUGCCGAUUUGCUACGCUUGGUGACGCCGGGGUUCGGAGACUGUCUCCAAUACAUACAAUUCGUGGCUCUCACCGGCGGGCUGACGCUCAACUACCCAGGGUUCUAUCAGCCUGUUGUCAGCCAGGUGAGUUGGUCCGCAUUGAUGUUUAACGAGAGCUUCGUGAGCAAGUCCCCAGGCUGGCAGUCGAUUCAAGAUGGCAUCUACGUCACCAACGGAUCUUAUGGACUGCACCGCUACGCACAGAUGGUGGGCAUGGCCGAUGUCGAGGAUAUCUGGGCUGGCACCAUGGUUUGGGUUUGCGUCAUCGUCGCUGCCCUAUUCGUCCUGAUCCAAAUCGGUUUCUUCUGCCGCUGGGUCCUCCGGUUCAUCAGCGACACCCCUGAAGAAGACCUGCGAGCCAAGAACAUUCCCUUCUCCGUGGGUAAUGUCGUGCGAGUCGUUUUCAAUUAUUUACUGCUGCCUAUCGUGGCGCUGUCGACUUUCCAGCUGGUCGUUGCCAGUCAGUCGCGCGACUUCGCUGUGGCUUUGGCCGUCAUCACUCUCCUCAUCCUGGUCUGCUUUGCCGCAUGGCUCCUGUACUUGAUUUUCAGGACCAGACCGAGAGCUGUUCUGUUCGAUGACCUGCCGACUGUACUGCUCUACGGGCCACUCUACAACACAUACUCGGACGAGGCCGCGGCCUUCGCGCUCAUCCCAGUUACGCUCACAUUUAUUCGCGGCAUUGCGAUCGGCGCCGUACAGCCCGUUGGAAUAGUCCAAAUCGUUCUGCUCGCCAUCUGUGAGGUCAUUCACGUGCUGACCCUCCACGCGUUUCGUCCUUUCCAGUCUCCGACAUCCAUGAACGCCUAUCACACCCUUUUCUCGGUUUUGCGAUUCACGACUGUCAUGCUCAUGGUCGCAUUCGUGCCGCAAAUGGGUGUUACUGAAGGUCCCAAGGGAUGGAUCGGCUACACAAUUCUGCUCAUUCACGCCUGUGUUUUGGUCCUCGGGUUCUUCCUGAACGCCCUGAUAACCAUCAUCGAAGUGACGGCACGACUCCUUGGCGCCGGGGGCGAUGACACCCGCGGUCUCACUCGCGGUGGUUUGUCAAAGAUAUUUGGCAUGCGCCAGUUGCAGCGUCGUACAUCUCGGAGAGGCCAUGGCCCCUCCCGGGCCAGUCAGCUGUCAACGACGGGCAUGCUCGAUGCAGACGAAACAUCAAAGACUGGGUAUGUGAUGCGUGGUGGCAGAUUAAGGAGCGAGUCCGCAGGUAGUGGGUUUCUCCUCCGAAGCCAACAACGCAGCUCUUCUGCUCUCGACAGCAUCGACCCCUAUACUGGGCAAGCUCGCAACCUUGACAGCGGUAGUAACUUUACACCAACGACGCCCGGUGAAGUUAGCACAUUUUCUUUCCUCCCGUCUCCCGCUGCCGCCACCCGCCCUCCCGCGGCUGUGACCGUCGAAUCCGCAGACCCUUAUUACAGACCACCGAGACGCCGUGGCGAUACCCUGAACGGAUCAUCCACGUCUUUACCACAUCGGGCCUCCGUUGCCGACUCCCGUCGCUACAGCCAAGCUGGCGCGCAUCUCGGAGAUGCUGUGGCGGACUUGGAGGCCCAGUUGUCGAGGGGGCCUACACCAGCCCCACAGGCUAUCAAUCUCACCCCGAGGGCAGACUACUCGACCAGAGAGGUCGAUUUCUAUUACGGUGUUCGAGGUCCCGCUCUCAACUCGGAGGGCGUAGGCCGUAAACUAAGGACAGGUCCCGCUGACCCGACUAAGCCCAUGGCCACAGCUGCAGGGUGGUUCCGCACCAUGUUCGGUGGUAAGAGCAAGGAAAAGGGCAAGGGGUUCGAGGUGGUGCGAAGCUCGCGAAUGCCACCAGCCAUGCGCGCCGCAGCCGAUGCCGAGUACGACGCAGAGCCUCCGCCAGAGGGCAUCCCGGUGGCCAUGGGUGUCUUGAGAAACGGGCCCAUCGAGUCCGACGAUGACGAACCGAAAAACAAACCAGCACGGAAGCAUCCCGACACGGAGGGGACGACGGAAAAUCUUCUAACUAACGACGGUAUCUCGGUCAUAUCAUCCGAAUCGGAAAUUGAAGAGAUAGGCCUACCGAAAGUGUCUGAUGAACCACCAACCUUGCCAGGAAUAGCGAGUUCGGGUAGCUUCAACCUGCCAAGCCGAACCCCUUCAAAGGCAAGUCGAUCUGCUUCUCAGAAGUACAGGCGCCAGUCCACGGAGUCCGACAUUCCCGAGAUCCCUCGAAAGAGCUCGAAGAGAGAUUCUGGCAUGGCACGUGGACACUCGCCAGCCCCUUCGUUCAAUUUAAUACCGCCCACUUCGCCUUCACGCGGCGAACAUUCUGGAGCAGAUUUGCCCCCUGCACAGGAUGGUCCUGCAUCAUCACCAAACCCUGGGCGACUUCCCUUUCAGCGGUCAGAAUCACACCAGAAACGGCUGUCUUCUAACGGGUCAUCGCUGGAAGAGUUCAGCAUCCGCAGGACGCCGAGCACUGACAGGCCGACCAGUUAUGGCGUUGUUGCUCAACACAGCAUUAGCAGAGUGGAUCCUGGAUCCGACCAACAGGUUGAUCUCUUAGGGACUUCCGCAGAGCUCGUCGAUGAACGAGGGCUUCCCAGCAGAACCUCUUCGGCAGGGGGCCGGGCUCUUUGA